UUUAUAUAGCAAUAUACUAUUGCAGAAGAAGAAUCUGCAUAACAGUGCCGAAUUAGAAAAGGCUUUGUUUUUAUUGCAUACUUUACUAACCAUUUCAUCAUCUUCUUCACGCAGCAGUGAGAAUGUAUAAUAAUGUCAGGCCGCAACCAGGGGUGCCUCAAUUUUAUUCUCAACCUCCAACAAGCUCACAACCUAAUGUGUUGGGAAAUGCAUUUAAUGCUGCCGGUUCUGGACUCAUUCGAGGUGGAUUGGGUGCUUAUGGAGAAAAAAUAUUCGGAUCUAGCUCUGAGUACGUCCAAAGCAACAUAUGUCGGUAUUUCUCAGACCCCCAAUAUUACUUCCAAGUGAAUGACCACUAUGUUAAGAACAAAUUAAAGGUGGUUUUGUUUCCAUUCCUGCACCGGGGUCAUUGGACUAGAAUUACCGAACCAGUAGGAGGUAGACUUUCUUACAAACCUCCAAUUCACGACAUAAAUGCACCUGACCUGUACAUUCCAUUGAUGGCAUUUGGUACCUAUGUUGUUCUUGCUGGCAUUUCACUCGGUCUUCGUGGAAAGUUUAGUCCCGAAGCAUUAAACUGGUUAUUCAUCAAGGGAUUGGUUGGAUGGUUUAUGCAAACAGCACUGCUAAAAACGACAUUGCUUUCAUUAGGAAGUGGAGAAGCACCGCUACUCGACAUUAUAUCGUACGCAGGGUAUACUUUCGCGGGCAUAUCUUUGGCUGUUAUUGGAAAAAUAAUCUCCGGUUACUCGUACUAUGUUCUGAUGCCAUGGACAUGCUUAUGCAUGGGAGUAUUCUUAGUUAAAACAAUGAAAAGAGUCCUUUUUGCAGAAGUGAGGAGUUAUGAUUCAAGUAGACACCAUUAUCUGUUGCUGUUUAUUGCUUUUGCUCAGUUUCCUUUGUUCAUAUGGCUUGGAAACAUUACAGUCAAUUGGUUCAUAUGACAUGAUUGUAUUUAUAUUGUACUAUAUAGUAUAACUUAAUGUUACUUUUUGAUUGUGGAUUUUAGAUAAUAGUAACAUGAACUUUUCCUCUC